AUGGAAGAUGACAUGUUGUUCACCUUCAUGGACGGGCUGCAGAAUUGGGCGAGGACCGAGUUAGAGCAGCGUCAAGUAAAAACCAUCGAUGAGGCCAUCACUCAAGCCGAGACCUUGACAGAUUUCAAACAUGAUCGUUUGGACAAGGCAAAGGGCAAGGAGGCAAGGGGCAGUCAAGAUAAAGGCGGGGGAGACCGUGGCCGAGGCAGAGAAGAGUCGGCACAACCCAAGCAGCAAGACACGCCCAAGUCCGAUGGCAGACGGUUUGAACACCGGAAAUUCUCGGAGAAGCGGAUGCAGUCCAGUAGAGGAGACGGGUGCUACAUAUGUGGCGGACCUCACGGUUAUGCUAGGUGCCCAGAGAUGAAGAGCCUUAGUGCCAUCGUCCGUGAGCAGAAGGAGAAGGAGGCACAAGACAAGGCGAAAUCGGCAGACACCACUCAGUUGGGCAUGGUUGGAAUCUGUGGUGCCAUAGCAAAGCAGGCUGACAACCCGAGGGAUUUCAGUAAACAAUAUGUGGAUAUCUACAUCAAUGGGCAAGCAGUUCGGGCCAUGGUAGAUUCUGGGGCUGAAUCCAACAUUAUGACCAAGACGGCGGCCGAAAAAUUGGGACUGAAAAUUGUUCCAAGCAACAAUCGCCUCAAGACGGUCAAUGCCCCACCAACUCCCGUGUGUGGAAUUGCUCAUGGGGUUAGAAUCACUUUAGGACGGUGGAGAGGUAAGACAAACUUUACCGUAGCUCCCUUGGACAUAUCCGAUGUUAUUCUUGGGCAGGAAUUCUUUCAACGUUGCCACACGAUGAUUGAUCCCUACCUUUAA